AUGCCCGUCCCAGCAGUCACCACCAGCGCAGCGGGAUCCCUCACCCUCCUCGAGGAUCCCGACAAGGAUGUCCGCGUCUACGCCCUCAACCACCUCCUCUCCAUCGUCGGCCAGUUCUGGGCAGAGAUGUCUGACAAGCUUCCCUUCUUGGAAUUGCUGGCAGACCCCCUCUCCAAAGAACUUUCCACAGAGAACCGACCUUUCGCCGCGCUUCUUAUAUCCAAGAUCUACUUUUACAUGGGUUUCCAGGAUGAAGCCGUAGAGUUUGCUCUGAAAGCAGGCUCCGCGUUCGAGAAGGAAUCCGAAGGGGAGUACAAGGAGACGAUUAUCUCUGGGUGUCUGGAUCAGGCCAUUGAGAUGACGCAGAGAGGAGAAAAGAUCCCUGUGGAUUUGCAGAAUAUCGUGGAUGCUGUCCUCAGGGGAAGCUCUGGAGAGAAUGGAAAGCUCCUCAUCGCUUUGCGGGCAAUGGGUUUGGCUCUCUCUCUUCGGCGGCUCGACCUCAUCGAGAUGAUAUACGUCAGCUCUAGAUCCUCAUCCCAGUCCUCUUCUUCCAAGGCCGAUCGAGUUGUUCACGACGAGAGUCUGUUGAAGUAUGUCCUGGCAGAGGUCGUGUCCGGAGCCAGUGGCAACGAGGCCUGGACGGAAGAGUUCCGCGACGGCCUUUUCAACCUUCUCCGCCGAUUGCUCCACCUAAACCCCAACCCCGACUACACCGCCAUCACCACCGUCUGGGCUCAGAAUUCCGACGUCGACCCUACAGUCGAGACCUUGGUCAAACUUCUUGAAGCGGACGAUUUCCUUACUGCUUAUCAAAUCGCUUUCGACUUGAUAGAAGUCGCCUCGCAGGCUUUCAUCGACGAAGUCAGGGAGAAGCUCACAGAGACCAAGUGGGCUGCCCCCGUCGAUGGCGAUGGAGACGACGUUCGAGUAAUCCUGAACAACAUCCUUCGAGGAGACACAUCGGCAGAGUUGUUCCUCAACUUUUUGAACAAGAACAACAAGACCGACGCUUCGAUCCUCAAGUUUACCAAAGAUUCCCUUGAAGACCGAUACUCCAUGUACCACAACGCCAUCACUUUUGUCAACGCUUUUGCCAACUGCGGUACCGCCUCUGACAAGUUCCUUCGCGAGAACCUCGACUGGCUUGGUCGAGCUUCCAAUUGGGCCAAGUUCUCAACCACUGCUGCCCUUGGUCUUAUCCACCGCAGCAGUUGGGUCAACGGCAACCGAAUCGUCAAGCCCUACCUUCCCGGAGGCAGCGCCCCCAAUAAAUACAGCGAGGGUGGUGCGCUCUUUGCCUUGGGUCUCAUCUAUGCUGGACGAGUCGAGUUUAUCGAAGAAGAACUCAAGAAGGGCCUGUCGGAUACCAAUGACCCGGUGGUUCAGCAUGGUGCCGCUUUGGGCAUGGGUGUCAGUGCGCUUGCCUCUGCCGAUGAGGAGCUUUACGAGCAGAUCCGACCUAUCCUGUUCCAGGACGAGGCAACUGCUGGUGAAGCGGCAGGCCUGUCGAUGGGUCUCAUCAUGCUGGGUACCGCUUCGGAGAAGGCACUUGACGAGAUGCUGUCAUAUGCUAGGGAGACUCAACAUGAAAAGAUUAUCAGGGGUUUGGCUAUGGGCAUUGCGUUCCUGAUGUACGGCCAGAGGGAGGCUGCUAACCCUGUGAUUGACCGAUUACUGGAGGAGAAGGAUGCAAUCCUCAGAUACGGAGGCAUGUUCACCAUCGCUCUUGCUUUCGCUGGUACUGGUAACAACAAGGCGGUCAAGAAGCUUUUGCAUGUUGCUGUCUCUGACGUCAACGACGACGUGCGACGAGCCGCUGUCACUGCUUUGGGCUUUGUCCUUUUCAGAAAUCACACCACUGUCCCCAGAGUCGUCCAGUUGUUGGCCGAGAGCUACAACCCGCACGUCAGAUAUGGAGCCACUCUUGCUCUUGGUAUAUCUUGCGCUGGUACUGGUCUCGAGUCUGCAAUUGACCUCCUUGAGCCCAUGACCAAGGACCCUGUCGACUUUGUCCGACAAGGUGCCUACAUCUCUCUUGCCAUGAUCCUCAUCCAACAGUCAGAGGCCGCCAGCCCCAAGUCUACUUCGAUCCGAGAGCUCUUUGCCAAGGUGGUCGCCGACAAGCACGAGGAUCCCGUGGCUCGAUUCGGUGCUUCUGUGGCCCAGGGUAUCAUUGACGCCGGUGGCCGAAACAUGACCUUGGCUCUUUCUACCCGCGCUGGUACCUUGAACCAGAACGCCGUCGUCGGUAUGGCGCUGUUUGUCCAAUUCUGGUACUGGUUCCCUCUUGCCCAUGGUCUUGGUCUUGCCUUCACCCCCACUGCGGUCAUCGCCAUCGACGGCAAGAUGCGUGUGCCCAAGAUUGAUCUGGAGUGUAACGCCAAGGCUAGCCUGUACGCCUACCCUGCGACGGAGAAGAAGGUCGAGGAGAAGAAGAAGGACAAGACCAAGGCGGCCGUGCUGUCUACAACAGCCAGGGCCAAGGCUAGGGAGAGGGUCAAGAAGGCUGAGGCUGGUGAAGCUAUGGAGACGGACGAGAAGAUCGAGGAGACCAAGGAGGCUGCCCCUACACCAAAGAAGAUCAAGCCUUCCGAGCCGUCAUCCUUCACCUUCGCCAACAUGUCCCGAGUCACCCCCGCCCAACUUCCCUCUGUCUCUUUCCCCAAAUCCUCUCGCUACACUCCUGUCAGACCUCUUGACCACUCACCUCUUACCAGCUUUGGUAUCUCGGCCAAGUCUGGCAACAGUGCCAGUGGAAGUAUCGUCGUGGUGAGGGAUGCGAAGCCCGAGGAGGAGGGCGAGUAUAUCGAGCUCAGUAAGGCGUUAUGGCCGGGAUGGCUACCUGCCGACCCCGAGGCUGCCGCUGCUGUCCUGGCUCAGGCCACCGGAACGACAGGCGCGGAGGAUGCUGCCCCAAGUGGUCGAGCUGCUGCUGCUGCUUCCCAGCCGGAAGACCCUGAAGAAGAGGCGGACGUGCCGCCGGCGUUUGAGUACCCAUUUGAGGAAUAG